GUGCAGAUUCAUCUGGAAGCCAGUGCCACAUGUCUGAGAAAUUUUUACUCCAAUUCUCUCUCAUCUGGGAUCAGCAAUAUCUUCAAAAUAUUACAGCUAAAUCUAACAGAUGAGUUUGUGGUUCCUCUGGACCCCCGAUGGAAUAUGCAGGCUUUGGACAUCAUUAAAAAUUCAAUGGACUUUGACCCACAGAAGGAACCGCAGCUGUUAACCUUUUUAGAAUCUGAGGCAAACAAGACCAUCAUAUAUCUUUAUCGGGAGAAACGGAUAUUUACUGAAGCCAACUUAGUUUCUGUUGGUGUUAAAAAGCUAAAUAGUGUUUUGAGAAUGUCUUUUGAAUUCCAUAAAGAUCCAGAGAGCUAUCACAGCCUGCCUCAUGAGAUUGUGGUCAAUCUUGCUGCCUUUUUAAAACUCUUUGAUGCACUAGUCCUGCUGUGGGUACAGUCCUCCCAAGGGGUGGUGUCUGAUGCCUGUGUCAGUGAGAUCUUAGGCUCUGUGCAGUGGCGGGACCGGCUUUGGAUGGUGGCUGACACAGUCAAAGUGGAUGCUCCAGGUCUGGCCCUGCUUGCUCUCCAUUGGCACUGGGUUUCAAAGCAUUUGGUCCGUCAGAUCCCCCAACUUCUACUGCAUCAUGAAGAGAAGUAUUACAGAGAGCUUCAGACAGUCUCAGAACAUAUUCAGAGUUGUUUGAGGAGCCCAACUGGUGGCUUCCCUGGUGUAAAGAAGUUGCAGAAGUUCCUGGGACGACCAGUUCAAUUUAAGAACAAGCUGCUGGUGGAUUGUUUUAUGCAAUUGAAAGUCCUUCACAAAGCCCUUGCAGUCAGGGUGCGGACACCCACCUUUGGGGAGAGUGGAUGGCAGGAAGAAAUUAAUCAUCUCCAAGUGGUUGCUUCUGAGUGGACAAUCAAUUGA